AUGUCCUUUUGGGAGAAAAUCUACAGCCGCCUCAUUUUCCGAAGCGGUGUAGGUUUUGUAUACCGCCAACUAUUCAUGCACCCACCUCCAAUCGCAGCAGGAGUCAAACUCGAUGGCCAGACAGCCAUCAUCACCGGCUCAAACACCGGACUGGGGCUCGAGGCAGCACGCCAGCUCCUCCAGCUGAAUCUCGCUCGGCUCAUAUUAGCCAUCCGAUCAGAAGCUAGAGGCAACCUCGCAGCAGAAGCCCUUCGCAAUGAGUUUCCAUACGCCCAAGUUGAGGUCUGGAUUCUGGACAUGGAGGACCCCGAAUCAGUCUAUGAAUUCGCCACCAGAUGCCAGGCGCUACGUAGGCUUGACAUUGCUAUUCUCAACGCCGGGGUGCAGAACAAGGAUUGUGUCAUUUCUUCCAAGACAGGAAGAGAGCAGACUUUCCAAGUAAACUACCUCUCAACAAUCAUGCUGGCUGUGCUUCUUCUGCCGAUACUGAAAGCCAAAGGGAGGCUGGUUGGCAAGCCGGCCAGACUCACAGUAGUGACAUCUACGACUGCAUAUUUUGCGAAUUUUAAUCACGAGAAAGCAGUCUUACCGCAGUUUGAUGAAAAGUACGACGUCACAAAAUGGUAUGCGCGCGAGAAGUUGCUGCAAAUGAUUUUUGUGAGAAGACUGGCGGCGCUAGUUGACUCUGAUGAGGUUAUCAUCAACACGGUUUGUCCGGGGCUAGUUGGAGGUACGGACAUUUGGCGGACCUUGAAGACAAGCUCUUUGUUCAACAUCAUUCUCCCGGUCUACUUUGCUUUGUUCAGUAGAAGUCUGGAAGAGGGUGCGAGUACGUACGUUCAUGCUGUGGCAGUUGCGGGUGGAGAAAGCCAUGGAGGUUUCUUGAGUGAAUGGGGACUUCGCCCAUUUCCAGUUGUCAUGUAUUCAAAGCGGGGCGAGAAGUUGAUCAAGAAAGUUCUGAGCGAAAGCAGAGAGAUGCUAGGAGCCAUGAAUAUCCCGAAUGCCUUGAUACAAUGUUUAUAA